ACAAACUCUCAGCCAAUCAGAGCGAGGCCUGCGGGUCAGCUGAGCUGUGACGUCAUCAGUAGUGUUGUAAAGAUGGCGGAUCUUCAUCAUCAUCAUGUUCAUCAUCAUCAUCUGUGUUUCUGUGACUUCAUGAGGUUGCUGUGGUCCCUGGCGGCUCCCUGCUGCCUCCUCGCCCUGAUCCUCACCCUGAUCCUCGGCCUGCUGCUGCUCGGACUCCGCUUGUGGCUCCGGAGCCGCCGGAGGAGCCGGAGGAGGAAGAGCCGGGCUGAGGGCGGCGGCGGCCCGGCGGUGGCCUUCUUCCACCCGGACUGCAGCGCCGGAGGAGGCGGGGAGCGGGUCCUGUGGAGCUCGCUGAGGGUCCUCAUGCUCCGGUUCCCUGACGUGUCCUUCGUGGUUUACACGGCUGAUCAGGGAGUGGCCGCUGAACAGAUUCUGGAAGGAGCCCGACAGCGUUUCAAUGUCACGCUGCCUCGACCAAUCACCUUCAUCUUCCUGCGUCACCGCGCGCUGCUGGAGGCAACGUCUUACCCUCACUUCAGUCUGCUGGGCCAGAGCGCCGGAUCCAUGUUCCUCGGCUGGGAGGCUCUGACGGCCUUUGUUCCUGACCUGUACGUGGACUCGAUGGGCUACGCCUUCACUCUGCCAAUCUUCCGCUACCUUGGCGGCUGCGAGGUGGCGAGCUACGUCCACUAUCCCACCGUCAGCACUGAUAUGUUGUCUGUGGUCAGAGAGCAGAACCCCAGGUUCAACAACGCUGACUUCAUCUCCAGGAGCCCGGUGCUGAGCGCGGUGAAGGUGGUGUACUACUGCUGCUUCGCUCUGCUCUACGGUCUGGCCGGCUCCUGCAGCCACGUCAUAAUGGUGAACUCCACCUGGACGCUGGGACACAUCUUGGCCCUGUGGCGCUCUCCCAGCCGGACCACCGUCGUCUACCCGCCCUGCGACGUCAGGGCUUUCCUGGACGUACCGCUGGAGGACGAGGUGGAGGAGGGCUGGGAGGAGCUGGGGGAGGAGCUGGUGAGUGGAGAGGAAGAGGGAGGAGAGAGGAAGUGUCACUCUGUGGUGUCAGUGGCUCAGUUCAGGCCGGAGAAGGACCACAGGCUGCAGAUUCAAGCGUUUCGCAAACUGUUGGACAGGAAAGGGGAGGGGCCUGGGGGCAGAGAGUCACUGCGGCUCGUGCUGAUUGGUGGAUGCAGGAACCAGGAGGACGAGGAGAGGGUGCUGCUGCUGCGGGGGCUCUGCCAGGAGCUGGGGGUGUCCGACCGGGUCGACUUCAAACUGAACGUCCCGUUUGAGGAGCUGAAGCGGGAGCUGGUGAGCGCCACCAUCGGUCUGCACACCAUGUGGAACCAACACUUUGGCAUCGCUGUGGUGGAGUGCAUGGCUGCAGGCACCAUUGUUCUCGCCCACAAGUCCGGAGGUCCAAAGCUGGACAUAGUGGUGCCGUACGAGGGUGGACAGACGGGGUUCCUGGCCGACAGCGAGGACAGCUAUGCCGCUGCCAUGGAAACCAUCCUGGCGCUGUCACCAGCCGCUCGACUGGAGAUCCGACGAAACGCCCGCAGCUCAGUGGAGCGAUUCUCCAACCGGGAGUUUGAGGCUUGUUUCCUCGCUGCUAUGGAGCCUCUGCUGAGUAAACUGGAGCGAUGAGGAGGAGCCAACGUGGCCAGUUGGUGUCCACUGAUGUCCACUGGUGUCCACUGGUGUCCACUGAUGUCCACUGGUGUCCACCAAGGGGCAGCUCUUCAUUUGUUCUGCUUGUUAGGGUGAGGAUUAAAACAGACCAGGCUUCCAACACUGACAAUAAACUUUGACAUGGUGUCUCAUCCCCAAUAAAACAAAUAGAAAAGGACAUUGACAUGUUAAGACGAGUCUCUGCUGGACACUCGGAGAUUAAACUUCUGAUCCACUGUGAUAAGUUAUCAGAAAACAGAACAACACAGGACGUCAGCAGUGAAACUGGAAACACGACGACCAGAGACGAUGGAAUUCAACCAGCAGCUUGGAAAGUAAAUGAUGAAGUAAAGUGAUUGUAUUGGUUCAUCAGUCGGUGCUCUCUGCUGAUUGGUUAACAGUUCAUCAGGUGAGGUUCAGGCUUCACUACAUGUUGCAGAACUGAGCUGCUGCGAAUAAUCAGUCAGCUGAAAGAGCAACUGUGCCAAGAAUUGAUUGAUUAUUUAAACGAGACCAAAAAUACAAGACAAUUGAUGAUUCCAGCUUAGUCAUAAACCUCCUCCAUGUUAGCAGAUGGGACACGAACCAAACCAGACUUUAAAUAAAUGUUUGUAAAGAUGUUUCAGGUCGUUCUCAUCUCACUGAUGUUUGAUCAAGUGUUUCUGAUCAGUUUGGUUUGAAUCAGUUAUUUGAUGAAAACAGGCUGAGACGUCAUGAUUGACAGCUGAGACUGACUCCUGAUUGGUUGAGAAUGUGUAUGGGCGGGACCUCGAUACCCCGGCUCCACUCCACGACCAGUAGGGAACUGGCUCCGAUUGCAAAUGAUGUCAUAACCACAAGAUGGCAGCAAGAUAUUUUGGCUUUGUUUUCUGAGGAAGUGGAGACAUCAUUUUUUUUUAGACUUGUAAAAAUAAAACAUGUAUUGACAUCA